AUGGCAGACAAGUUGAAUAGUAGCAUUGCCUCUAAUACUGGGAGUGCGCAGUCUUUGGCGGAAAAAGCCCAGCAGUCAGGGAGGCAAGGUUUGGGCAGAAGGCGCGAUGGUACUGCUCGUGGUGGCUCGAGUAAUAAUGGAUAUCAGCGGACUGGGUCUAGUAGUGGUAAAAGGCAUUCAAAACCUCCAAAGCAUGGGAAAGAACAGAAGCCAAGUGAGGUGGUUGAAGACGAGCUUGAAUUAAGGAUUCAAGAAGAAUUAGAAAAUUUCUCCCACAGGGGUAGAGGUAAGAAGAUUCAUGUGCCUAUUAAUCAUCUUUUGUAUGUUCCAUCUGAAGCACCCCGUCCAUGUAGGUCAACGGGCGUUUCGUAUAGGAGGAAAAAGAAGGAGCCUGAUGAAGAGCACGUUCAUUUACAUGGGGAUGCGUUUGUCAAUGCAAACUUCAAGUUUCUUGUUGAUGACAACUAUGAGUACAAGACACAGAAGCUUGAUCCAAAUGUCCCACUUACUCCAGAUAAGAUUCGAAGAGUUCUAAUUCCAAAGGGCCAAUUGUGUCCUAUAUGUCUAGCUGAGGAUGUUGUAGCCCCUCGUAUGGUUAGCUGUGGGCAUAUUUUUUGUGGGACUUGCUUAUUACAGUUCUUUGAUUCCGAUUAUCAAGAGGAGAAGAAACAAGCUGAAGCGUCAAUUUAUGUGAAGAAGAAGCAGUACAAGGAAUGUCCUUUAUGCGGUGAUGUAAUCCGGAGAGAAAGAUGUCGACCUGUUCAAUUUUUAGAUAAUGAUGGAAAAGGCGAGUUACCUGAAAUUGGUAAGGAUGUGACUUUUAAAUUAAUGUGUAGAGCUACUGGCUCUUUCCUUCCACUUCCUGUUGAACUGCAAUUGGAUCCUAGGUCCUUCAGCUCCUUCCCGUCUGUACGGAGAUCAGAAUUAGCCCCAUAUUGCCGAAUAAUGGCAUGCGAUAUCCAACAGACCAUUGAGCUGUUCAAAAAAGAUAUAGAAAGUAUCCAAUGCCAGUUGGAGGUUGACAAAGCCAUGUACAAUGACGAUGGUGUUUACGCUAUAAAAGCGAUAGAACAGAUUCAAAACGAAAUAAAACAGUGCACAGAACAAGAAGAAACGGAUAAAAUUCCAGAUAUUUUCCGACUUACAAUCGGUCCCAAAGCUCUGGAUAGAUACAACGAUUCAAAUGCAUAUUUUUACUACCAAACUGCGUUUAAUUCGAUAACGAAAUACCUGCUAUCCCCCUUGGACAUUAAAGUCCUGAAAACCGCUAUAGGAGCAUAUAAAGGCUUCCCCUCGUUAUUAACAGCAAAAGUGGAAAACGUACAUUAUGGCUCUAUGGUAACAGAGGCUAACAUCCGACAAUACAAAUACCUCUCUCAUCUUCCGAUAGGUACUGAACUUGCAUUUAUUGACAUAGAUUGGCGUAACAACGCGUUGGUACCAAAAGAAGUGUAUGACAAGUUCUCUACAGAGCUGAACCAGCGUCGUCGCCAAUUGAAGAUAAGGCAAGUCAGAGAGGACAAACUGAAGAAGAAGUACGAACAGGAAUUAGAAAAGAACCAUCUAGAAUUUUACCAGAGGGAAAACAAUACACUCAUGGAGCCUCAUCCCAUAAUCCAUUCCAAUCCAAACCCUCCGUUCCACAGUUUGGCCUCUAAUGAGGAUAAUACUAGUACGACAGGUGUUCCUCCAGGAAACCGUUUACAAAGUACUGUGUGGGGAACUACAAUUUUGGUCACAGAACAAUCGCCUACAGAGGACGAUCUCGCUUUCGAAGACAUGCUACUUCAGAUGCGAACCCAAGCAAAGCAACAUGGCAAAGGAAGCAGGAACAAGAAGAAUCAAUUCACUCUUCUUAGCUCCAAUCAAGCAAGAGGCUCACUUUAA